GAACCGCCUUGAAAUUAAAACCAGAUUUUCCCGACGCCUAUUGCAAUUUAGCUCAUUGUUUACAAAUUGUAUGUGACUGGACGGAUUAUGAUGCUCGAAUGAAGAAACUUAUCAGCAUUGUAGCAGAUCAAUUAGAAAAAAAUCGUUUACCUUCUGUACAUCCACAUCAUUCAAUGUUAUAUCCAUUGUCACACGAAUUCCGCAAGGCUAUAGCAACGCGACAUGCAAACCUUUGCUUAGAAAAGAUUCAUGUCCUCCACAAACCCGCAUACAAAUUUUCACGGGAGUUGCCCACUGAUGGUAGAUUGCGCAUUGGAUAUGUAAGCUCAGAUUUCGGCAACCAUCCUACCUCUCAUUUAAUGCAAUCAAUCCCAGGACUUCAUGAUAAAUCCUGUGUUGAGAUUUUCUGUUAUGCUUUAAGUUCAGAUGAUGGGACAACGUUUAGAUAUAAGAUCAUACGCGAGGCUGAACAUUUCGUAGAUUUGUCUCAAAUUCAGUGCAAUGGUAAAGCUGCUGAUCGCAUUUAUUCGGAUGGAAUUCAUAUAUUAGUUAAUAUGAAUGGAUACACUAAAGGCGCUCGCAACGAAAUAUUUGCAUUACGCCCCGCUCCAGUGCAAGUUAUGUGGCUAGGAUACCCGGGUACUAGUGGUGCAAGUUUUAUGGAUUAUAUCAUUACCGAUUGUGUUACCAGUCCUCCGGAACUUGCUUCACAAUACAGUGAAAAGCUGGCAUAUAUGCCUAAUACAUAUUUCAUAGGUGAUCAUAAGCAAAUGUUUCCCCAUCUCAAAGAACGUAUUAUAGUUUGCGAUAAACAACAAACAUGUGUAGUUGAUAAUAUCGCCGUCAUAAAUGCAGCAGAUUUAUCACCGCUAGUAGAAAGUACCGACGUCAAAGAAGUGCGAGAGAUAGUAAAUGCCCAGAAACCUUUAGAAAUUACACAUAAAGUUGCAGAAUUACCAAGUACUACCCAAAUUGUAUCUAUGAUUGCCUCCGGUCAAGUGCAAACAUCUCUUAAUGGGAUUCUUGUUCAGAAUGGGUUAGCUACUACCCAAACAAAUAACAAAGCUGCUACUGGGGAAGAAGUACCACAAAACAUUGUCAUUACAACUCGCCGACAAUAUUUAUUACCUGACGAAGCAAUAGUAUAUUGCAAUUUCAAUCAGUUGUAUAAGAUAGACCCACAAACUUUACAAUCUUGGGUAUCGAUUUUGAAAAAUGUGCCAAAUUCAGUGCUAUGGCUGUUGAGAUUCCCUGCAGUUGGAGAACAGAAUAUUAAAAAAUCUGUCGAAGCAUAUGGGUUGUCUGGUGAUCGCGUAAUUUUUUCGAACGUAGCAGCGAAAGAGGAACAUGUCCGCCGCGGCCAAUUAGCAGAUAUCUGUCUUGAUACACCGCUUUGUAAUGGGCAUACUACUUCUAUGGACGUUUUGUGGACGGGAACGCCUGUGGUGACUUUACCAGGAGAGACAUUAGCUUCAAGAGUUGCUGCAUCGCAAUUGGCUACAUUGGGAUGUCCGGAACUUAUAGCACACACAAGACAAGAAUACGAAGACAUUGCGAUUCGUUUGGGUACUGAAAGGGAGUAUCUGAAAGGGAUGCGAGCAAAAGUGUGGAAAGCACGAGUGGAAAGUCCAUUGUUUGAUUGCGCCCAAUAUGCUAGGGCUUAGAAAUGGUUUUAAACUAA